AAGUGUCUGUGCCUGUCUGUCAGUGGGACUCAGAGAUGGAGACUGACAGUAGGAGAUACUCUCGGAUGGAGGAGGACUUAAAACCACACUUUGAGGCAGUGGGCAGGGCUAAGGGUGAGUACACCACUGGAGCAGAGACGCAGUGUGAUGACAUCAUCACAGUGGAAGGUUCUAAACCCACCUCCUUCCAGAGCUCUCGACUGAAGCACUGUUUAAAGGCUCCAUCAGGCCUAGUGGCCUAUCUCAUCACUACAGUGGUUAUAGCAGCAUUGUUGUUUGGGGUGGUCUGGUCCAUCACUGGGAAGGAGUGCUAUCCAGGGGGGAAUCUGUUUAGCAUCAUCAUCUUGUUUCUCUCUGCUGUGUGUGGAGGAAAACUGGUUGGACUGAUCCAACUACCAAGACUCCCCCCGUUCCCACCUCUACUUGGUAUGUUAACAGCAGGUCUCCUUCUCCGUAACGUCCCGUAUGUAACAGAUGUGGUCCACAUUGAGCAGGCCUGGUCAGCGUCUCUGAGGAACAUCGCUCUGGCCAUCAUACUGACCCGUGCUGGACUGGGCCUGGAUCCCACGGCUCUCAGCAAGCUCAAGGCGGUGUGUUUGCGAGUGGCAGUUGGACCGUGUACAGUGGAGGCCUCAACAGUAGCUGUGAUGUCACACUUCCUGAUGGGCCUGCCCUGGAUCUGGGCAUUCAUACUGGGGUUUGUCCUGAGUGCUGUUUCUCCAGCGGUGGUCGUUCCCUCCAUGUUGUUGCUCCAGAAGGAUGGUUAUGGGGUGGAGAAGGGAAUCCCCACCCUCCUGAUGGCUGCUGGGAGUUUUGAUGACAUCCUGGCCAUCACAGGGUUCACGACCUGUCUGGGUGUGGCCUUCGCUUCAGGUUCUAGUCUGUAUAAUCUGGGUCGGGGGAUACUGGAGGUAGGAGGAGGAACGAUCAUUGGAAUAAUUAUUGGAGUUUUCCUUCGUUUCUUCCCCAGCAGGGACCAAGAGGAUGUGGUUCUGAGGAGGAGUGCCAUGUUGCUGGGUCUGGCUGUCUUUGCUGUGUUUGGGAGUCGAGUGGCUGGUUUCCCUGGAGCAGGAGGUCUCUGUACUCUGGUCAUGGCCUUCCUAGCUUCCCUGGGCUGGGGGACAGAGAAGGCCCCAGUAGCAGCUGUAGUGGGAAGGUUCUGGGAUUUCUUCCAGCCACUGCUGUUUGGACUGAUAGGAGCAGAGAUCACAAUAUCUACACUGAACCCCAACACAGUAGGUCUGGGUCUGGCCUGUAUCACCAUUGGCCUGGUGGUUCGGGUUUUGAUAACUCUGUCUGUUGUUCUGUUCGCUGGGUUCAAUCUGAAAGAGAAGCUCUUCAUCGCUCUGGCCUGGGUUCCCAAGGCAACCGUACAGGCAGCAAUAGGUUCUACAGCACUAGACAUGGCCCGUGUUUCAGGGGAUGAAGUUCUGGUGAAGUAUGGUCUGGAUGUUCUGACCGUGGCGGUUCUGGCCAUCCUCACUACAGCACCCAUCGGAGCUCUGGGGAUCGGCCUGGCAGGACCCAAACUACUGAAAAGACACACACAGAGCACAGUGGUGAACACCCCACACACUUUGCCGGGAACCGUAUCUGAGGGGGUGGAGCCUAGUGAGAGCAAGAUGUGAGCUCAGCCAAUAACAUUCAAGAAGUGUCUAUUUGACCAGUUGAAUUUCAAACCAUAUCUUUGGAGCCCCUUGGGAACAGUCGCUUUGUGACCCGUUUACUGAUGUACACAUUAUUAUGGUUCCUUCAUCAGGAGACCUUUACAGUCAGUU